GAAAGGUGGGCUGAAUUCCAGCGAGGAGCGUUUCCUGCCGUUAAGUCGCCGGGAGAAACCGUUAAUCGGCCGCGGAAAGCCGACCGUCGUUGGAACGCUACGCCGCAAACUAGGUGUUAUUUUUGCUUCCCUCGACUUCACCACAUCCGGGAAUCCCCCCCUCCGUUGAAAUGUUAAGCCUUCGCUCAACGGUCGCGCUCAAGGAGCUAUUUCACACCCAGCUGAGGCGGCCGCUGGCGGCGCGAGUCGGUAUCCUAGCGACGCCAGCCACCGCCGCCUGCUCCUUCGCUGCCGGCGGCUCGGAUGGGAGGUGGCCGGGCGGAGGGUUGGGGGCCCCGCGGAGCUUCGCCGGGGGGCUCGGCGCGAGGGGCUUCUGCUCCAAGGGGGACGGAACGACCGAAGCCGCCAAGGAGUCCUCCGCGGAGAAGAGAAGGAAGGCGGGCAUCCUGCCCAGCCUGGAGGACCUGCUCUUCUACACCAUCGCAGAGGGCCAGGAGAAGAUCCCAGCACACAAAUUCACCACGGCUUUGAAGAGCACAGGGCUUCGCACAGGAGACCCCCGGCUGAAGGAAUGCAUGGAGAUGCUGAAGAUGACCGUGAAGACGACCUCUGACGGAGCGCUGGACCGACACCUCUUCAAAAAGUGUGUCCAGAGCAACAUCGUUCUGCUCACGCAGGCCUUCAGGAAGAAGUUCGUCAUCCCGGACUUCCAGUCCUUCUGCGGCCACAUGGACGAGCUCUACGUCAACGCCAAAAGCAUGUCGGGGGGGCAGGUGGCCGACUACAUCCCCCAGCUGGCCCGCUUCAGCCCGGACCUGUGGGCCGUGUCGCUGUGCACCGUCGACGGGCAGAGGCACACGGUGGGCGACACCAAGGUGCCCUUCUGUCUGCAGUCCUGCGUGAAGCCGCUGAAAUACGCCAUCGCCGUGCACGACCACGGCACCGAGUACGUGCACCGCUUCAUCGGCAAAGAGCCCAGCGGGCUGCGCUUCAACAAGCUCUUCCUCAACGAGGAAGAUAAACCACACAACCCCAUGGUGAACGCUGGAGCCAUCGUCUGCACCUCCCUCAUCAAGCAAGGGGCGAGCAACGCCGAGAAGUUUGAUUAUGUCAUGAACUUCAUGAACAAACUGGCGGGAAACGAGUACGUCGGCUUCAGCAACGCCACCUUCCAGUCGGAGCGAGAGUCUGGAGACAGAAACUUUGCCAUCGGCUACUACCUGAAGGAGAAGAAGUGCUUUCCAGAAGGGACGGACAUGACCGCCAUCCUGGACUUCUACUUCCAGCUGUGCUCCAUCGAGGUGACCUGCGAGAGCGCCAGCGUCAUGGCGGCCACGCUGGCCAACGGCGGCUUCUGUCCAAUCACAGGAGAGCGCGUGCUGAGCCCCGAGUCGGUGCGCGACACCCUGAGCCUCAUGCACUCCUGCGGCAUGUACGACUUCUCCGGGCAGUUUGCUUUCCACGUCGGCCUGCCGGCUAAAUCUGGGGUGGCCGGUGGGAUCCUGCUGGUGGUCCCCAACGUGAUGGGCAUCAUGUGCUGGUCUCCUCCGCUGGACAAGCUGGGCAACAGCGUCAGAGGCAUCCAGUUCUGCACGGACCUGGUUUCUCUCUGUAACUUCCACAACUACGACAACCUGAGACACUUUGCUAAGAAGCUGGAUCCUCGUCGGGAGGGAGGGGACCAGCGGGUGAAGUCUGUGAUCAAUCUGCUGUUUGCUGCUUACACAGGAGACGUCUCGGCCCUGAGGAGGUUCGCCUUGUCCUCCAUGGACAUGGAGCAGAGGGACUACGACUCCAGGACGGCCCUGCACGUGGCAGCUGCUGAAGGACAUGGGGAGGUGGUUCGCUUCUUACUGGAGGCAUGUAAAGUCAACCCAGUUCCCAAAGACCGGUGGGGCAACACGCCGAUGGACGAGGCGGUGCACUUCGGCCACCACGACGUGGUGACCAUCCUCCGCGACUACCACACUCAGUACAGCCCUCCGGAGAGCCCCGAGGACAAGCAGAGCGCAGAGAAGAACCUGGACGGGCUGCUGUGAGGAAGUUCUCCUCCACGACAGUCCACGUGCACCGGGAACACCCCCUCUAGAAAUCCCCCCCCCCCCCCCCCCCCCUCCACCCUCCACGCGCAUUAGAGCUCCUCUUCAUAUUACUAGAUGGUGUAUCGUGUAUGUCCCUCCUGUUGUUUCCUUUCUCCUGUAUUUGGCCACCAGUGGUGACCAGCCGCCACGCUGAAUGCUGGGUAAAUUCGGCCGUGGUUGGUAAGUUGAUGCACUCCAUUCUUUUCUAUGUACGUUUUUCUUUUGUCGUUCUUAUUCUGAAAAGCUGAAAACAGGAAGCAGCCUCUUGUUACUUCCUCGUCCCAACAUGGUGGAAUGUAUCUUCCCCCGGACUUAAUGUGUGACAUUUAUUUAUCUGUUUAAGAUAAACUGUACGUGUGUGUGUGUGUGUGUACAUACGUGUGAUAUGUGUAAAGCUGUGGUUCUGUGAGAGACUGCGCUUUGUAGGUUUGACUGAAACUCUGGAAAUAUAUAUUUAAGCUGUUGAAUAUUGCGCCUGUGAAGCUCGACGUGAGCUGGGAGCUUUGGUUUCGCCAUCUAAAAGCUGUCGUUGUUCAUUUGAUAUUUAUUUUUUGUCGCAAGGAGGGAAAGUCGCCCAAAGUCCAGGUUGUUGGUUGAAUGAGUUUCUAAUCAUCACGUGUUGCACUGCCAGCGCUGACGGAAGCUUUAAUUACUCUCAAGAUUGUUUUUACAUUUUAUUGCUUCUACUCAACAAAAGAAAAUAUAUUUAGCUUCCUAAAUAAGUGGAGAAAAAAGUGCUGAAGAAAGUUUGUUUGAUGCAGCCAUAAAAAAACAGCAUCUUGAGUCCUGUUGGGAUUGAAUAUAUGAAUAUAUUAACACGUUAUUACUGUAACUGUACUUUAAACUUUAGCUCUCUAAAAGACUCCUUCUCUCAGCAAAGCUCUCUGGGUAACAAGUUAUACCUCAUAAGUUUACGUGUAACUUUCCUUAAAACCCUUUCUUUGUUGGCUUCACGCUGCAAACCCCACUUGUGUUUGGAGUCAUUUGUCCUCUGUUUUGAUGGAUCACAUGAGUUCUGGUGGUUUGUAUUAACACGUCGGGACCCGCUGGGAAGCUCUGAAACCCACACUGAGCCCGAGGAGCUUUAAAGCGCAGACGCAUUGUCUUAAGAAUCAUGGGUCCCACUCGAUUGUGCAGAUGUUUGCCCUUUCCCAGAGGUUCUGAGUAGGGAGAAACAGAACCAGGAUCAACGUGUCCCCGAUAUAAAGCUCCAAAAUCUAAAUGUAGUGCUUUCAAAAACCUCGGGUUGAGAUCAGUUCAUUCCGUUUGAUUCAAGUUGUUGUUUAAAAAUCUCAGUUUAAAAAUGCAUCUAUUUCAAAGAAGCACAAAACAACCUAAAAUUGCAAUAUCUUGUGAAAUGAAGAGCAAUACGGAUGUAUUGAUUGUAUAAUAGAAUGAGCUGAUUCCGACCUGCAGGCCGGCGUUGACGUGAGUCCACUCAAGUAUUCUGAAUGUAACGUGUUGUUGUUCUGUUUCUUAAUAAAAGUUAAU